AUGGAAGAUAAUGGUACACGUCACCACAUUUCAUCUUUUUUCCUGGUUGGUAUUCCUGGCUUGCAAGAUAGGCACUGCUGGAUUGGCAUUCCCGUCUUACUCCUGUUUGCCCUGACCCUGCUGGGGAACAGCACAAUCAUUGCUACGGUCAAGCUAGAGUCAAGCCUCCACCAGCCUAUGUAUUUCUUCCUUUGCAUGCUGGCAAUGAAUGACAUGGUUCUUACCUUUUGCACAGCCCCCAAGAUGCUCGGUAUCUUCUGGUUUAAUGAUCACAGGGUUGGUUUUAACAUAUGCCUAGCACAAAUGUAUUUUAUCCACACACUGUGCAUUAUCGAAUCAGCCCUCCUAGUUGCCAUGGCUUUUGAUCGUUUUGUGGCUAUUUGCAUCCCACUGCAUUACACAACCAUCCUGACAACAUCUAUGGUCAUUAAAAUGGGUCUAGUUGGUGUGAGCCGAGCUAUACUCAUGGUUCUUCCCUGUCCUCUUCUUAUUAAGAGGCUGCCAUACUAUACAAAUUACAUCAUCAAUCAUGCCUACUGUGAGCACAUGGCUGUGGUGAAGUUGGCUAAUGCCAACACCCUCAUCAACAGAGCAUAUGGAAUUUCUGUGGCCCUUUCAGUGAUGGUAUUGGACCUGGGGCUCAUAGCUGCAUCCUAUAUCAAAAUUCUUCAGGCAGUCUUCCGGCUUUCUUCCCAGAAUGCCCGCUCUAAAGCCCUGGGCACCUGUGCUGCCCACGUCUGCACUAUUCUUGUCUCCUACACACCUGCUCUGUUCAGCUUCUUAACUCAUCGCAUAGGCAAGAAGGUUCCUCCAAGUGUCCACAUAAUCUUUGCAAGCCUGUACCUUCUGGUACCACCCACAGUCAAUCCCCUGGUGUAUGGAAUUAAAACCAAGCAGAUUCGGGACCGGGUGGUGGGUCUCUUCUUCCCAAAUAAGAAAAUUUCUGAACCCUAA